AUGAAUAAGUUUAAACUAGACAAUUCUGACAUUUAUCAACAUUUGUGUCUAGAAUUAACAGCUUAUUUGAAUAAUCACAAUUCGAACGAAACAUCUGGUCUUUUUUCAGGUGUCAAUAAUUAUGAAGAUUUCACUAAUGUUAAUCAAACAGACCAUAUACCAUCCUAUGAUGAGCUAACAAAAAAAUGGAAUUAUACUAUUGGAAUAUCCUUGACACGUAUGGAAAUUUGGGUUGAAUCAUGUGUAGAACAAUGGAUCAAUCAUCCAUCACUAUUCAUAAAUGGAAAGAAUCGUUUUGAAAUUUUAUUACGCUUCUAUGAAGAUUAUCAGAGCGUAGCACUCAAUCAUUAUUAUUCCGAAAAAGGUCCAACAGAUCCAAUGGGUUAUAGUCGAUUCAUUUUAACGUCUUUAACGAUUAUUCGUUCUAUGCACCGAAAGCUAUGUAGUGAUCCAAGAUUUGAGCGCCUAAAACUACAUUCUAUUCAUAUUCCUAAUCUUAUGAAUCUGUUCGAAUUUUUGAUCUUACCAAAUCAAGAAGAUAUGAUUAGAGUGCGUAGUCUAUAUGAUUAUUUUAGUGAAUUCAAUCAAAAACAAUAUCCUGAUAUUUUAACAAAUAUAGAGUCUGAGAAUGCAUUUGGUGUAUAUUUCGCCAAUCAAAUACCGGGGAUGAACGAAAGUGUACGGGAAAUUAGGGCUCAGGCUGAACGAGAUAAACAACAAAAAAUAAUAGAAGUAAAUAAUGCCAAAGAAAGAUAUAGGCAACUUAUGAAUUCAAUAAGUGGUCGUUCUUGUCAAUGCUAUUACAAUGAAUAUAAUUAUAUUGAGACAUGUUACAGAUGUCGAAUUCAGCAACAAGCGAACGACAUUCAAGUACACAUUUAUGAAUGUCCAUUACCAUUGAAACAAGAAAGGGCAUUAGCUGUUAUUUUUGAAUUACAAAUGCCCAUUGAAAUUAGAAAUUAUCGUGAUAUCAUCUGGCAAUUUGCGAAUCGUCCUAAUCCACACCCACAGCAUAAUAUGUAUGAAUGGUUAAGUGUCCCUCCUCAUGCCAGCAAACUAGGACCCUACUAUACUGGUCCAAAUAACACCAAAGUGAAAUUAGUAUCUCCCACUAAAUCUGUGACACAAACUCACUAUUCGUCUCCAUCAAUCGCUUCUGCAUCUGUCAACGACUUUUUAUACGAAAAUAGUCUUCAAGUUCAAAUCUCAUCAACUAAACCAAUUAGUUUUGAAGAUGAAUGUCGUAUAUUAACGCCUCAGCUUGACCAUUCAGACUAUAAACAGUUACAGUUUACUGUAAAUACUACGCAAUUUGUGCAAAAUCACGUUAUUGCUAAACUGUCUGAUUGUCCACCACGACUAAAAUCCACACAAUUUGUGGAGUUCGGUUCAUUUCGAUCAGGACAUCGUUUACAAUGGUGGAAUCUCUUAACGAUUUUUGAAAUGGACUCCUUGUCCAUUGCUGAGGAAAGUGUUGUAAUAUUGAUUAUACAUUCGAUAUUACAAUAUGGCCCAUUGACAGCAGAUUCGAGGAUCUUGUCUAAUACUUGGUGUCCUGAAUCGCAUGAACAGUUAUUAGAAGAUCAUUUUGUCGAUGAAUUAGUCUCAAGAUUAGAUCAUCAUUUAGAUGAUUGUGAAUUGAAUUGGCAAAAUGAAUUGGUAUUAGUGGUCAUUACAAUGAUUACAAUGAGACUGUUAACUAUUUGCAAAUCAACAAGAGUAGACCAAACUGCUGAUUUAGCUAUGAAAUGUCGUAGAGUUGGUGAAAAAUGGAUUAAUCUUAUUACAGAAAGUAUUCAAACAAUAUCUUCAUCAGCUUUUCAUGAGAUGGAAAAACUUCGUCUUAAAAUAGUAAAUGUCGGCAUUUCUUGUCUCUUAACAUUUUCAACUCACAAAGACCGAAUUAGUUGUUUAUUAUCAUCGAAUGAACAUGUCAUAUCCUUACUGAAAGCAGCAACUACAGUUCACGAUAAUAUUAUUCUAAAUAAGAAUCAAUCUAAUAUGAGUAUUUUUAUGAAAAAUAUGAUGAGACUUAGCGAACGUAUCUUAGUAAUGAUACAGCCAACACUUGCUGAGUUUCUUCAGAAAACGUCCUAUCAAAGUUUAAAUGAGUUUGCCGCGAUUUACUGGGCAGUUAUCAAAAGGAAAGGUAAUAUGAAUGGAGAAUGGCAAAAACGAAAAAAAGAUUCCCAUGAUGGAUGGUAUGAUUGUCGAUAUGAAUCAAAAUAUAUAUCAAUUGAUUGCAUCCGAGGAACGUUUCUAGUGGAUGAUAUAACCAUAGGAUUUUUACCUGAAAAAAUCACGACCAAUGAAUUAUUCGUACGCGUAUUUGGUUAUCAUAUUUUUGAAGCUCAAGCGGCUGAGGCACCUAACACUUACAUUACCAAACAUUUAUAUCAUGGUGAUGGAAGAGUUCAAUAUGAAUUUCAUUUCAAUGAUCAGACUAAUCGAUUGACAAUUAAUGAACGACACAUACACAAAGAUGAGAUGUUUCAAUUGAUUCCUCAUAAAUGUUUCCAGACUGAAUUACCGGAUACGUUUGUCUCCGAUCAUAGUCAUUGGUGGAAUGCAAAAGACCAAAUAGUCGAAUUUCGACCCGUUCAUUUUAAAGAUGCCGAUUUUUUAGAUAACAAACCUUACGUGCUAUCGUUAACGACCGGGCAUAUUACUACUACCGAAGCAAUUAAUAGACAAAUUUUAGUUAAUCAAUCAUCAACAUUCUUUGACAGUAUGUUCAACCGAUAUUUCAUUCGCCUCGACGAUAAGCCUUAUGUCUAUAUGAUGCGAGAUAACUCAUCUUCAACUGAUAUAAUCAUUCACAUUCGUUUAUCACGAUUAGGGAUUGCUUUCAAAUAUAACGGUAAUAGCAACAUCAUAACAUCUCGUGAAUAUUCAGACAUGUGUAUUGACGAAAAUCAAUGGUUGGGGACAUUAACGGGUUUGCAAUCUGGUCUUGUUUUGUCACCAUCAUCCGUAAAUAAUCAAAAGCUGGAACAUUAUCCGUAUCGAAAAUUGAUCGUCCCUUUUGGACAGCUGCAUGCUCAAAAGACAUCAGACUAUACCCAUCAAACUGUAAUUAUACAACGAAUAUCCGAAUCGAAAGACUUUCUUCGUCAUUAUUUUGUUUUUAUUAUGAACGAUCGAUUGCGGAUUCUUCAAUCGACUGACAGUCCCACAGGAUGGCUAUAUUUAGCAUUGUUACAUGCCAUGACUUCUCAUCCCUUACCAGAUCAAUAUACUGGAAUGACUGGAAUGGAGCGUGCUUUCCAGUUAUUAAAUUCGGCCGGUUGUUGGUCUGAUCAACCUUUCGAUGCACUUUCUCUGAAUAUUUUAGCUCAAAUUGCUGCUAUUUCACCGAAGGUCAAUUACUACCCAGAACAUCUCACUUGUAUGGAAAAAAUAGAGUGGCAUUCGAAUGGUUUACCUUAUUCAAUGCAACAUUUCAGUUAUUAUUUGAUAGCAAAAAGAUUAAUUGAAACUAGUCAACAACUGAAUUUUAUGUAUACAACAUCUGUUGCCGCUGAGGUACCGAAAUUAUUUGAAGGAAAAUUAUAUAAUGAAAGAUUGUUGAAAAAACUCUAUUGGGAUUAUCGAGAUUCGUACAAUCCUUUAGCUAGAUUAUCUACACAGAUGGAAGCAGAUAUUACACGUUAUAAAAAAUCAUAUCAGUCGCCUGUAGAGCAUUGCUCGCACGAGACGAACUACGGUGUUGUUCGUCUCGUAGAUGAUCUAUAUAAUAAUGGAAAUGUCCGUCUUAAAGACUGUUCGAAACAACACUGGUUACCUUUGUCUCAAUGGCUAACUGAUGAAAAUCAACUGAAAACUACUUGGAUUGGUUUAUUAAAAAUGGUUGAUUAUCUCAAGACAUCGACCACUGAUAACAGAAGAGACGAAAUCAAACGAUUCGAAAUGUUAAUAGACUUCCUUCAUUACAUCUUCAACAAACUUCAAAUAAAACCGUUUUAUUUACAAAUGCUAAAAACAGCAUUGAAAAUGCCUACUAUAUUAUCGACAUUUGUUACAUUUCCUCAAUUUAUUUGUUACCAAAACACUGAAGAAAUUUCCGUUGUACGAGGACGUAUCAACUUAUCAAGUUACUACAAUUCAUACAAACGAAAUCAAAUUAUAGCACAAAUCGAGAAUUGUUUCUGGACAGAUUCGAAUUAUGAAGAUAGAAAUGAAUUGACAACAUCUACUGAAAAAGCUCAGAUCAACCAGUUAUUAAAGUCUUGGCAAAAUAAUAGACAACUUCGAUCUUUUUUAGAAUCCGUUCAAAGUUGCAUCUGUUCUGUUACAAUAGAAAAGUUCGAUAUCAAAAUAUCAUAUUAUCCUCAGCAAUUUGCACUCGAAUUAUUCCAAGAUCACCAUCGAAUACAAAUCAGAUCUGCUAACAAAUCAAUUGAUCAAGAACUAUUACGAAGUACAGAACAAAAAUUUCAUCAUUCUUAUUCAGGACAUUUUAAUAAACCAACAGUAUCUGUUCAAACUGCGGAUCAAAAGAAUACAUUUCCCCAAGCAAUUUUUCCUUCCAUCAACAAUCAAGAUAAUCCUCUCAGUGAAAUUACCAAUUAUUUUCAAAAUCAAUUAGCUGAAAGUUGGAACAAACUUCUGUUAGAUAAACACACUCAAAAAGAAGAUCCUUCAAUUGAAGAAAUUGCCGAAUUUCUCAAGUCUUUACAAGAGGAAUCUACAAAGUUCUGGAAUGAAUUCGUCGAACCCAUCAGAUUAUCUAAUGAACGAUUAUUUAACAUAGGCUUAGUAACAAGAAUUACACCAGCAACUGUCAUGUCUGUUUUCCAAGAACAAAUAGUAAACUCUGUCAAAUCUUUAUCAUUUGUAUUGACUACAGAUCAACGCACAUUACUUGGUGGUAUUCUUGUCAAUUGGACAUUAGAACAACAACUAGAAAGAGCUUUGCAUUUUGCCAUUCAUGAUAAAUGGGAAGAUUUUAAAAAAGAAAUAUCACAUAGACCGCAUUCGAAUUGGAUACCAUCCGAACAUGUUCCUUGGCUAAUCUUAGAAUUAGAAAUGAAUAUAACUAUUAGAGAAAUUCAAAUCAAAGUAGCAAAUCAUAUGAUGAAACCAAAUAUGACAACAGAUAAUUCAACAGUAAAAAGCAUAGUAAUGCAAAUGAAUAUGGGUGAAGGAAAAACAUCAGUCAUUUUGCCAAUGUUAACUCUUAGUCUAUGUUCAUCUUCUUCAAGUUUGGUUCGUAUUGUAGUACUUAAAUCAUUAUUUUCAGUGAAUUAUCAAUCAUUACGAUAUAAAUUAGGUGGUUUACUUAAUCGACGAGUGUUUCCAUUUGCAUGUCGUCGGGAUAUGAAUUUCACCAAUGAACAAAUAAAACAAAUUUUCAACCGUCUCCAACAAGGAUUACACAGUUGUGAUGUGAUAUUAACUUCCCCAGAAGAUAUUCUUUCUUUUGAUUUAUUGACCAUAGAUAAAUGCCGACGAAAUGAAUUUGAUACUAGUCGUUCGAUGUUAACGAUUCAACGAUGGUUAAAAACGUAUGCUCGUGAUGUGUUGGAUGAAUCUGAUGAAAUAUUACAUGUUAAAUAUCAAUUGAUUUAUACAGUUGGUGGUCAACAACAAGUUGAUGGUGGUGCAGAACGUUGGAAAACCAUUCAAUCAAUACUUGAAUUAGAAGUUUGUUAUAAAUCAGCUGAACGAAAAAGUGCUUUUCCACAAUUUCGUUUGCAAUCACAUCAACCAUUUCCACAAUUAUGUCAAAAUAUCGCUAAUGAUUGGAUCAAUAAUAGAAAUUAUCGACAUGCGAAUAAACAAAUCAUCUUAUCAUUUAUUUUAAAAACAAAUUCAUCAGUUGAGAAUUUGAAUAAUAAAUUUUCAGAUAAUGAUAUUCAAUUAUUUCUCAUUAUUCGUGGUUUAUUAUCAUCAGAAGUUUUAUUAAUUGCUUUUAAGAAACGACAUCGAGUUAAUUAUGGUGUUAAUCCAAAUAUUUAUUUUAAUCGUUUAAUGGCUGUACCAUUUCGUGCAAAAGAUAUUGUAGCUGAUAGAACUGAAUUUGGCCAUCCUGAUGUUGCUUUAGUAUUAACACAUCUUUCCUAUUAUUAUUCUGGUUUAAAUGAUGAACAAUUAACUCAAUGUUUCAAUCGUUUAAUUGCAGAAGAAACUGAUCCUGCAUCGAUUUAUGAUCAAUGGAUUUUAUAUGAAAAAGACGAUGAUAUACCGACUAAUAUCAAACAAUGGAAAGGAGUUAAUUUAAUAGAUUAUCAACAAAGAACUCAGUAUCUUUUCCCAACUUUUCGAUAUAAUAUUUUAGUUAUUAAUUAUUUUCUAAAUUAUUUUGUAUUUCCUCGAGAAGCAAAACAAUUUCCACAUAAAUUAAUUUCAUCUGCCUGGGAUUUAUCUUCAUCUGCACGAUCGAAAAUAAUAACUGGAUUUAGUGGAACUAAUGAUACACAAUUAUUACUUCCUAUUCAUAUUCUUCAAUAUGAUUUGUCUGAACUUCAGAAAACUGAUGCAAUCGUUGUAAAUAAUUUAUUACAAGCUGAAAAUGAAAAUUAUCAAUUUUUACCAAUCAAUGCGACUUCGAAUGAAAUUUUAAAUCAAAUUGUUAAGCAUAAAGAAAGGAUCAAUGUCAUUUUAGAUGUUGGAGCAUUGUUCAUUGAUGGAAAUAAUCAGGAUAUUGCUAUUAAAUGGUUGCAUUUAUCCGAUAAAAAUAAAAUUGAUUAUGCAGUUUAUUUUGAUUCAGACUCAAUUAUUGUUUGUGAUCGUCAAUUUCAUCAUCAUCGAUUUGAAAUAUCUCCUGCGAGUGAACGAUUAGAUCGUUGUGUUUGUUAUUUAGAUGAGAUUCAUACAAGAGGGACUGAUUUUAAAUUUCCGAAGGGAUUUCGAGCUGCAUUAACAUUGGGAAAUGGUUUAACAAAAGAUCGUUUUGUUCAAGCAGCAAUGAGAAUGAGAAAAUUAGGAAAUGGUCAUUCAUUAACAUUUUGGAGUUCAUAUGAAGUUCAUCAACAAAUUACACAAUUGAAAAAAAAUUCAUCUCAAGAAAAUAUCAAUAAUUUCAUUACCUUAAUCGAUAUUCUUCGUUGGGUAUAUGAGAAUACAGUACAUUCGACUUGGAAUGGAUUACAUCAUUGGGCUGCACAAAGUUUAAGUUUCCAACGAAAAGUUGCAGCAUUUCGAAACAUUCUAUGGACUGAUCACCAUCAAUUGUUUACUGAUACAAUGAUGGAAGAAUUAGCUAGAGAAUGUUUAGAACCUGAAAUAAUUGGAUUAAUACGCAUGUAUGGUGCACCUAAAGUACUACAAACACUUUUCGAGAUUCAUUCUGCUCGAUAUGAACUGAACAAUGAUUAUCUAUCAAGAGAAAUUCAAGAGACCGUAUUAAAACGAUUGAAAGAUUAUGGAGGAACAAAACAACGUCUGUCACAAUUGUUAGAUGAAGAACAACAACGAGAAUUAGAACAAGAAUUAGAAGAAGAAAGACAAUUGGCACGUCCUCCACCUGUCAAACCAUGUCAACCAAUUUUACACGAACGAAUUAAAAGAUUGUGUGAUACACAUUCUAAUAUGAUGAACUUACUUCAAUUUCCUUUAGUAUUUCAUCCUUUAGUAUAUGCUUUCAAUGAUACUACAUUUUACAGUGAAUGUCAACCAAACAGUUGGCAUCACAAUUUUUGGGUUUCGACUGAUAUUCAACGUGUCAUUGCGACCAAAGGUGAAUCACGAAAUCCAUUUCUACGACCUCCACGAUGGAUUGUCGUGUACCGAAAUCAACAUAUUAUAUUUAUUAGCGCUUUUGAGGCUAAUUGGUUGAUUGGUCGCUUGCGUUCCAACAGUUCACCAAUCACCACAUUACGCCUACUGCUACCUCGAGUGAAGAGAGUUCAAUCAAUUUUUGCCAAUACUCCAACUCUGACGAUUCCUCCAUCAAUUAGACUUUCAAAUAAUGUUGCUCCUUUCAUUAUAUCAUUCGAAUGGUUAGCUCAAUUAUUUAUAUUUAAUGGCACUCUUUAUUUUGAAACUGUUGAUGAGCAAACAGCUUAUUGUCAAUGUUUAGGCUUAUGUCCUAAACCUCGAACAACUGUGAAAAAAGAAGCCUUUGAAAAAGGUUGGAUUGGUGUCGAUGGAUUUGUGAGCAACCCAGUUCAUCGUCACCAUUUGCAAAUUAAUCAAGCUCGAUUUGCUUUCAAUCCAUUAACAUUUGUCAAACAAAUUAUUGAAAAUCGAACUAAUUCGCAUGCACCGAUAUCAUCACAUGUUGGAAGUAUUAUUUUUAAUUCAUUCAAGCUUAUUUAA